UGUGCACAUGCGCAGUAUCGAUCAGGCAGGGGGUGUGAGUGAGCCAGUGAUGGAGAGCAGCUUAGACUUUCUGCAUAUAAUAGAUGGGAUAUGACAUAUGUACUUUAAUAAAGCGUGUGUGGCAGCACGCAGCUGACGCUGCUCUGUCGUUAACCCGCGGCAGCAGGAGGACAGGCUGUAGCUGGGCGUCCUUCUCGGUCUUUAACUCUUUCAGCUGUCACCAACAUGUCUACAGUCCAGGCUCUGAGAGCGUUCGUCAGUCAGCGGCUCGCCGUGGCUGUGGAGGACAUCAUCGACAUGUUCCAAAGAACCAUAACCGAAUACGAGCGGGAACUCGACCGGCAGCGCAGACUGCUGGGAGCCGAGCAGCUGCCCGGCGUCAAGCUAACGGUUAACGGCGAGACAGGUGUGUCUCAGGACAUUCGCUCUCUGAUCAUCAGUGCAAAGAUUCCCACUGAGCAGCAGGACUCGAGCUGCAGGCUGGACCAGGAGGCCCCGUGCAUUAAAGAGGAACCAGAGGAACUGGUCCAGACAGGAAGUGUCUGGAUGAGACAGGGAAUGGAGGGGGCUGAUAUUAUCUCACAGUUUACUCCUGUCUCUGUGAAGACUGAAGAUGAUGAAGAGAAUCCUCAGCAGAGACAAACUGAAGAGCAGGGAGAGGCGGAUGCAGCUCAGCAGAUAGAAGCUGGAGCUGUCGGAGAGAGCUGUGGAGGAUCAGAACCAGCCUUCGACUUGGACGUUGCUGGUUUCCUAAAGGCAACUAGUGAUGGUCAGUUUUUUCUUUCUCAGUGUUUUAAAACUGGGACUGAAGACUUAGACUAUGACUGGAAACAGACUGAAUGCAGACCAUUUCCAGACACACUGAAAGACGAUGACUCUGUGUCCCAUCAGAGAUCUCAUAAUCCGAAAAAACUGUUUAAAUGCCUAGUGUGUAGGAAAACCUUCAAGCACAGCACAGCUCUGCAGAGACACAUGACGUGUCAUACAGGAGAGAGGCCCUUUGUCUGUACUGUGUGUGGUAAGACAUUUAGACAGAAGGGAAGUUUGCACAUACACAUGAGAAAACACACUGGAGAGAAGCCUUUCAGCUGCUUAGUUUGUGGUAAAAACUUCACGCAGAGUGGAACGUUAUCUGCACACAUGAGAAUUCACACCGGAGAGAAGCCUUUCAGCUGUUCAGUGUGCAAGAAAAGGUACAAUGAAAGAGGGACGCUAGUACGACACAUGAGAGUCCACACCGGAGAAAAACCAUUCACCUGCUCGCUUUGUGGUAAAAGAUUUAGUGAAAAGGGAAAUCUGAAUAAACACAAGAGGAUUCACACAGGAGAGAAGCCGUUCAGCUGCAGCGUGUGUGAGAAAAGAUUCUGUCUGCUGUCGCACCUCAAAAACCACAAGUGUCCUGGUCAGAAGAGCUGUGACGCUGCAGAGCAAAAGUUACAUUGCCCAAACGUUGCAGUACAGUUAAGCAGACACACAGUGAGUCAGUAGAGCGGGUUGUGUAGUUCAAAGGGUCGCUGGUCGAUUCCCAACUCCUCCAAUCCCGUUCAAGUGUCCUCGAUCCCCAAUUGAAGUGAGUUUAGUGUCAUCGUGAGUGCUUUAGGAAGCACUGUAUCGCUCCUGAUGAGCAGUUUAUACAUCGAUAUAUGAAUGUGAAAGUGUGUUUUCAUAUUUAUUAAUCAAGAAAUAAUGAAGUGGAUUAAUCAAUAGUAAAAAAUAAUUGUUAGUUGCAGCUCUGUUACAACUGUAAAACUGUAUGAAUACUGUCUAGUAUAAGUCAUCAAAUUAUUUAUGAAAUGUAGAUUCCUGAAGUGGACCUGAUAUGAUCAGUGAGUAGGGUUACAAAAUUCUGUGAAUUCUGUGAAAAGUUGGAAACUUUUCAUGGGAAUUUAUGGGAAUAACCCAGGAAUUUACUAAAUUGAAGCUUGGGCCUGAACAGGGAACUUAAACAUAGUUUAAAGGAUUGGGGAAAGAUUAUGCUAAAAUAUAUUUGAUCAUAAUCCUGACUAAAACAACCAGACUUCAUGCAGGUCCACUUGAAUAUCUGCUGUUCCUCAGUCACAUGCACAUAG